AUGGACAUCGACGACAUCCUCGCCGAGGUGUCGCGCGACUCGCCCGCGCAGCAACAGGAGCAAGCGGCGCGCGACCUGCAGGAAUUGACCCGCCUCUGGGUCACGGAGCGCGUGGCACCGGAGAUACUACCGUACCCGGAUGCGUUGAUGGAGCGCAUGCUGGAGAGGGUGAGAAGGCAGAUUGAACUCGUCGAGGAGCAGACGGGUAAUAUGGACCCGAAAACGAACUUCCGACUCAUACUCUACCAAACCGAGUUGGAGCGGUUCAAAUUCCUGAUUAGAUCAUUCUUGCGCGCGAGAAUAGCAAAGAUCGACAAGUACCCCCUUCACAUCCUCACAACACCUGAAACCCUUGCCUAUCUGUCAUUACCAGAGCGCCAAUAUCUCGAACAACACCAGGCGCUACUUUCGCGACAUUACGCGGCAUCUUUCCUCUCCUCCUUUCCGUCCCAGUUACAACGUCUGGACGACAAGGCUGGCGGUAUAAGCAUGAUUGACGCGCCGGAUCUGGACACUGCAGUGUUUUGCAGAGUGCUGAGAGAUGUUGGUGUAGUCAGUAUUGGCGGGGUCGAGGAAGAUCGAGAGGAGGAGAUGAGGAGGGGUGAUGUACUAGUAGUGAGAUGGAGGGUCGUGAGGGAGCGUGUAUUGGCAGGAGACGUGGAACUGAUAUAA